UCUGGCCGGGAGACCGCGCGGCCGCGGCGCGCGGAGAAAGGGAGCAGCUGUUUCCCUCGACGCGAAGCGAAAAGAUGAAGCAGAUAAUUUUGUGAGGGGAGACCGGAAUACAAAGGAAUUGUGUAUGAAAGUACAGACGAGGAAGAGGAAGGUGGGAAAAUCGGAGAUAAGGAAAACGCACAAUUGCCGCGUUUCAUUGUGUUUAUACACCUGAAAACCGCAAUUGUGAUUUUCGUCGGUCAAAUUCAAUCGCGUUUCGUCCCACAACUAAUUCCGCGGUUCACGUGACCAGCGCCACUGGAGAUGCCGCCAAAACGCACGAAAGUCGUCUGCUAGAGGAAGCAUGGAGACGUUCCAUCCCAGUAUUUUGGAAUCCGGAGUCAUUGUCAGGAUCGCUUAAAUGCAGUUUCUGUCUCACAAUCAGCGACGCGAUUGAGACGUCAAUUUCACAAUUGUUAUUAUCGCAAGUGCAAAGAGAACACGAGGUUUUACAAAUGGAUCUCGAUGCUACCUUCGACUGCAGCGGCAGGGUGAACGUCAACGAUUGGCAGCUGAGCAGGAGCGGGCUGUUUUAUCGCACGGAGGUGGACAAUGCACUUUUUUCCCAAACCGACUGUCCGUUCGCCCAUGUGGAAGUCAGGCUCUUCGACCGCGUCAUGCCCGGAGCGGUGGCCGUGCUGGAUCUAAAACAUCUCAUCAGUUGCAUGGAAAUGCAACUGAAGAUACUAAACAGACAGGCGAGGCCGGUCACGAUAUCUGGACCGUGUAACGAUAAUAUGAAUUACUUUUCUCUAAGGAGGAUGGUUUGUGAAUUUAUCGUAUAUUUCCGUACAUACGUGAACAGUAUAAAGUGGGAUCUUAGUGCAUUAGAGACAGUAACACCUGAAAUCGGCAAAGAUGUGGAUACUCUGUUUGACUGCAUCAAGUACUUUCUCAGUACGUUACGCAGCAUCCCAGAUUCGACUCUGCAUUACGCUGCUUCUAACAUAGGCAACAAGUGUAACCAGCCAGAGUUUCAUUUGUAUCAUCUGCAUAUAGAGUUAAGAUGGUUUUUCGUCACACUGAUACAUUCGAGAACUACAUGGUAUCAGUAUCACACGCAAUCGGAGGAGUUUGAAAAUACUGCUGAAAUGGUCAUCAACGAUCUCCUAUAUUCUGCCCUGAAAAUAUUUGAGAGGUUAGCCUUAAACUGGACUGUGGACCUCGCGCAGAAAACGCCAUACUGCUGCACGUGCACGCGAGAGUUGUGGCUCAUGUUUCAAAUAUUUGUCGACAGUUUGGGAGAAAGGAGGAAAACUAAGAUGUUUUGGGACCUUGUAAACAGUUGUAUCGAUAGAGUGCUACGUAAAGAUCAGUCUCAAGUAUUAUUCUGGCACAGAAGCGUGGACUCCUCUCUGCCAGAUUGCAAAAAUCCCGAAUUGUUUUGCAUCUGGAUAAUAUAUCAUCUGUCUCUGUUGUACGGAUACAGUAACGACGGCGUGUAUCUGCAAUCUAAUUCUCCAAGGAUUAGAUCUAAUUGCGAACAAGUUGAAAAAGUUUUAAAGGCGUACGUGUGUAAAGGUGGAAAAGACGGUGACAGGGAUGAGCUUGAUGUGGAGCUUAAAAUCAUAAUACCGUUAAUACACGAUCUUAUUAUUAAUUGGUGGCAACCGCGAGUGCAAAUUAUAUCUUUUCUUUGGGACUGUUUUCACAAAAGAUUAGACCAACCGUUCCUAUUACAGACCUCUGGACCUUGGGCCCUAUCCGUUGAAAAGAAGACGGCUAAGGAUAUUCUGAAGCAAAUUAAUGACAGAAUCUACGGCAAGUUUGAACAUUCCAAGGAGUCCAGCUAUGGCAUGUUCUUGCAUUUAAUAGGGACUCUUAUGAAAAAAUACGGCACGUCCGACCCGAAAUAUUGGAAUCAGAUUAAGGGGCGUGUAUAUUCGAAAUUUUCAAAGAAUAAAGUCGCGGAGUUCUCGGAGAAUGGCCUCUACAACUUCAUAUCUUUAUUUAUCACUUUAGCCAUCACCGCAGAUAUUGCGAACGUUUGUACAGCAAUGUUGGAUUUCCUGCCAUCUACACAUGAACUGAAUAAUGAAUAUAAUAAAAAAUGCAAUCUGAUCUGGAAGGGAAAGCUAGCGUGUCUCUUGCUGUUUAAUGAAAGAAGACUACCUCUUGGUUCCAUAGCUGGACAUUUUACGGAAACAAUUAAUUUAAUAAGUUGUCGCAAAGACGAAACAUCUCGUUUCAUGAUGACCAAUUUUGUUGAUGUAUUGAACACGAUUUUGUCUGGCAACGAGAAAAUGGAUCUAGGCGAGUUCAAUUUCAUCGGUGGUUGGAUCGAUCGUUAUCUUUUGGAGUGCCCGAAGAACAGAAUCACAUCUUUAUUGGAGAUGCUCGCGAAUGUUUUCGAAAAAUGUAUCGUCUUGCAAGUUUCUUGUAACAAUUCGGAUGGUGUCAGAAAAAUGUUAGACGCACUAUGGUGUUUCGUCGCAUCCAGAGUUCGCCAACUCGUCUUCGAUCCCGUACUCACCGGUGACAAUUAUAAAAUUAUUUCUAAGCUGGCUGUCAUAUUUACUUUAGAAGCAGUUAGAGAACCAGCCACUGCUAAGAAGUACAAACACUCGGCUGUGUCUUUAUUUCAGCACUUUGCGGCGUCGAUAUUUGUAAAAGAUAUAAGAAUUACCCAGUAUUAUCUAACAUCGAUUCUUGAGAAGGAGCAAGCUGUCCAAAGCUUGAAAAAGGAAAUUUCAAAUUUCGAUACUAUUCUUAUCCAAGCUUGGAUAAAAUGUUCCAUCGUUGGUCACGAUAUAAACAAGGAAGACAUAAGGAUUCUACAGAAUUACGUUAUCAAUCUCAGUGAGAUCAAAGAAAUAUUCGUGUCGGGUGAUGAUGUGUACGAAUUUAAGAACAGUAACGAAUCUAUUUUGACAUUCAUAAUAUCGUUCAUGAAGAAGCAGAACACUUUAGAGUCCGAGCAGGAAAAACUUCAAUACAACGCGAGAUGCAAGAUGUAUUUCAAGAAUUUAGAGAAGUGGGCCAUGUUACCUAUAACGGAGGAAACGAAAGAUUCGGAGCUUGCAUUCUGGAUUUACAGAUGCCUUGGUACACUGAUUCUCUGCAUUUCUCCGACGUUAUAUACUAAGAAUCAACCGAACGACAUGUUAAGAACGCUCAUCAACAAGAUUAUACUGGUACCCGAGAACUCGACGCAGUCGUACAUAAAGCAUUUGGGAAAGAGGAUAUUCUCAAUGGUGAUACUCGGCUUUGAGAAAUUGAACGUCAAAGGCGACAUAUUGUUGCAAGCGAUGAUCAGAGACAUCUUCGAUCAAUACUUGCCGAUUUUGAUCACUGAAGUCAACAGCGGUUGCAGCUUUAAGGUUUCCGAUGCGUUGCUAAAGUGCUUUAAGAAAGUAAAGAGCGAGUUUCUGCGUACAAUUUUCGAAACGCUGAUGUCAAACUUUUACAAUAUAUCGUCCGACAAUGUCAUGCACAAACAUUCCAACCUGAUAACUUGGCUUAUAAAAACAUUGCUUAAAGAAGAAAGGAAUUAUCCAAAAUAUAUUACGGAACACAUCAUCCAAAUUUGUUCUCCGAACAUCUUCGGAUGCUACAUGAGGGUUCAUGACCAUCAUCCACAUAAGUUGCAUACAAUCGACUUUAUCAAUGACGUAAUUAAAAGUCCUUACUAUGAGGAAGAUAAAUUUAUCAGGGAAAAAUUUCGAACUGCUAUUGCCACUGCAGUGCAAAAAUAUUUGGUGACAAACACGCAAUUUACAUUUGAACUUAUGCAAUCCGUUUUAUCGAUAAAAAAAAGUAUCAUGGUCAAUUUAAUUCCGCAAAUUGAAGCCCUCGUACUUUCCGCCGAACAAUAUCGCCGACCCAAUGCGGCAUCCUUGAGAUUCAUGUGGAAUCAACUGAAAAAACGUAUGCUAAAUAUGGACAAUAAUUCGUGACAGGAUCACAAAAAUUUUAUAAUUAGCGCUUAUCAAAUUGUUAUUAAUUUAAAUAUUUUAAAUAAUAAGUUUAGAUUCU